UCUCUCUCUCUAUCUGUCUGUCUCACACUCUUCCAUUUCAUCACUCAAAGGUCAAGAAAAUGUCGAUCAUGGUGGACUGACUAAAACAGCGUCCAUCAGUUUUCAGACAACUUGUAUAAAGAGGCAUGAUAUCAUAGUUUAUAUCUCUGGAAAACCCAGAUCUUUGUUUUCGACAUUGUCAUUUUUUGUCUCUCUCUUGUGGUCUCCAAUGAGGUUGUCUGAAAUGGAUGUGAUGUGUAAAACUAGAACGGUUUUGACGUUAAUGGGAGGGGUUUUGAAUGUAGCUGUUAGCUUCGUUGUCUUUUGCUUCCUCGACCUUGUUGAUUUAGUUCUAUGUUUUGUUUACACAGUCCUUGAUUUCUGCAUUGAAUCUGAAUGGAAGAAGCCUGGUUGUGGCGGUGGCGCCGGCAAGAUCAUUGUGUCGGAGGGAGGGGAGAAAGAGUCCGAGGUUGUUUGUCUCAGUUCAAGCAGGUUGCAAUUGGAGGAAAUUUCGGACACCCUUUAUUCACGGCCUUCGUUUGUCACCGAAAUCUCGAAGCUCACCAUUAACGAGCUCAAGAAGCUCAAGUUCGAUGCCGAUUUCGUACGAUCGAACGACAAGAUCAAGAAAGGAACGGUGAGAUCGACGAUCACCAUCAACUCCACCAUUGUUAAAAUGCUUCAAGGAAGGAUGAUCGGGCAGCAUUUGUACCCCAUUACUCGUUGGUCCGAUUGUGAUUGUCAUUUCUGCAAUUCUUGGACCUAUUCUACCAAAGGCACCCUCUACGUUAAAGCCGCAAGCCCGAACGAUAAAGCAAAGGAAGAUGUGUUAUUCAUCCAUGGCUUCGUCUCAUCAUCAGCAUUUUGGACCGAAACUUUGUUCCCUAAUUUUUCAAGCAAAGCUAAAUCAACUUACAGGUUCUUAGCGGUUGAUUUACUCGGUUUCGCUCGAAGCCCGAAGCCGAACGAUUCGCUUUACACCUUACGAGAACAUGUCGAAAUGAUUGAAAAAUCCGUGCUCGAAGCUUACAAUGUAGAAUCUUUCCACAUCGUGGCACAUUCAUUAGGCUGCAUUUUAGCACUUGCUAUCGCCGUUAAACACCCGGGAUCCGUCAAGUCCCUCACCUUACUUGCUCCGCCGUAUUACCAAGUGCCAAAAGGUGAACCGGCGACUCAAUAUGUCAUGCGACGAGUAGCACCACAACGGGUGUGGCCACCGAUGUCGUUUUGUGCAUCUGUCGGAGGACGCUACAAGCACAUCGCCCGAACGGUUUCGUUGGUUUUGUGCAAGAAUCACCAGUUGUGGGAUUUUCUCUUUCAACUUAUCACCAGAAACAAGAUGAGGACCUACUUGCUCGAAGGGUUCAUCCGACACUCCCAUAUCGCCUCCUGGCAUACUCUCCACAACAUUAUUUUCGGCACCGCCGGCAAGCUUGACCGCUACUUGGAUGUCGUCCGUGACCGGCUAAACUGCGACGUCAAUGUGUUGCAUGGCAAGGACGACAAGGUUAUCCCACUCGAAUGUAGUUAUAAUGUUAAGAGGAGAAUCCCUCGUGCUCGAGUUAAGGUUGUCGAAAACAAAGAUCACAUUACGAUAGUUGUUGGUAGACAAAGGGAAUUUGCCGAGGAACUUGAGGAAAUAUGGGAGAAAUCAACAAGAAUUUGAUU